AUGUUCUCCGCCUUGUACGAGAAUUACCACGAAGCUUUCAAGCGGUACGUGGUGGCCGAUGCGAAUGUCUUGCAGGAGUUCUGGCGGCUACAGAAGAAGCACCCGCAGUUCAAAGACCACCCUGUGGUAAGCCAGGCUUCCUUUGAGCCUCGAAAGUUCGUGCCGCUUUCUUUACACGGCGAUGGAACACCUGCAAUAGGUGUCGGGAAGAUAUGGAGCCGAAUGUUAACCACCUGGAGCUGGUGUAGCCUGGUUGGUGGUCCUGCCUGGACCAAGGAUUCGCAACUGCCCAUUUAUUUCCUCUUCGAUGAAACAGAUGACGGCACAGCAGCGACUACCUUCCUCAGCAUGCUGGCCUGGAGCUUCAAGGUGCUGCAAGAAGGUCUUUGGCCCUUUGCAGACCACAAGGGCAACCUGUACCCGCCCACGAGCGACCUGGGCCGUAAGGCAGGAUCGCCCUUGGCGGGGGGGUGGAAAGGCGUCAUCUGGGCAUUGGUCGGCGAUCUUGAGUAUAUGGUCUCAAGAUUGAACAUGCCACAUUUUGGCCAAAAGCACAACCCGUGCGGCCUUUGCAAAUGCUCGGGCGACGAGACUUCCACCUCCUGGAGGAAUUGCAAACCGACAGCGCCAUGGCUCAGCAUGCAAUGGUCUUUGGCAGAGUGGCGGUCUUUUCCGGACCGCCCGAAAAACCCGCUGUUCGACAGCGGAGUAUGCUCUGCACUCAGUUGCCACAUGGACUACAUGCACACGAAGUACUUGGGGCUGGAUCCUCUGGGAUUCGGGAGUGUGCUGAGCUUGCUCGUCAACUUCGUGUUGCCCGACUCACCUCUCGCGAAUUUGCGAUGUGUGUGGGAGCACCUGCUCAGCUCCUACAAAGCCUUGAAAAUCGUGGAAAGGUUCAGGGGCAUGAGAAAGCUCAGUCUUUUUCAGAGGAAGAAGCUCCCGCCGAAACUCAAGGGGAGAGCCAUGCAGAUCCAGGCUCUGGGGGAACCACUACUCCUCUGCUGGCAGAAUUUCAUGAACAAAGACCUCGAAAUUCACCUCAAGAUCGAGAACUACUUGAAGGUGAAUCUAGCCCUCGAGAAGAUCCUGCAUGCUACGAGGACGGAGAUGGCCAUGCCUCCAGACCAUGCGGAGAAGUUCAAGAAAUUGGCUUUCGGGCUCUGCCAGCUGCACCGACAGCUGCGGGAACACUUUGAAGGAAACUACUUCGCAGACCUCCCGAAGAUGCAUUUCUUCUUGCAUGCCUGCCUUUUGGCAGAUGUGCUGCAUCCCCGGCUCACAUGGUGCUUCAAAGGAGAGGAUCUUCAGAAGAUCUCUCGAACCUUGGCUGGCUCCUGCUGCCGGGCUGUGACCGGCCCUCGGGCUGCGGCAAAAAUGUCGCAGCAGCUCCGCAUAGCUUGGCACUUGCGGCUGGACAGGCUUUGUGGAGAGUGA